AUGGAUCGGGAUAUCGAGGAAAGGGUUAAAGGAUGUCGACCUUGCCAAGAACACCAAAACAUGCAGCCAAAAGCACCGUUACACCCUUGGAAUAACGUCACCCAACCAUGGACGAGGCUUCAUUUAGACUCUGCUGGACUCUUUCUCGGAAAGGUAUUCCUGGUUCUAGACGACAAAUUUUCCAAAUGGAUCGAGGCCUAUCCAUUGAACCCCAACAACUACGGGUCAAAGGCAACAAUCGAAUGUGUGAGGAUCGCCUUCGCCACCCAUGGUCUACCCCAGAUAUGUGUAACUGAUAACGGCCUGAGUUUUACAAGCAGCGAGUUUGACAUAUUCAUGAAGAACAAUGGCAUUCGGCACGUCACAAGUGCUCCAUACCAUCCGUCAACAAAUGGAAGUGAAGGACGAACAGUUCAAUCCUUCAAAAGUGCAAUGAAGAAGAUGAGUAGUUCUCCAUCUGUCGAUUCCAUAAAAACAAGAGUGAACAGAUUCCUUUUUGCGUAUAGAACAACGCUACAAAUAACAGCCGAGAUGUCUCCAGCGGAACUUUUAAUGAACCGAAAGUUGACUACAAAGUUGAGUCUCAUCAAACCAAAUCUCCAGAGGCGAUUGAGUGCAAAACGAGGAAAUAUUCUCACUGAAAGUGCUCCAACCCGGUCCUUUUCAGUCGGAGAUGAGGUGUGGAUGAGGAAUUAUAACCGUACAGAUCCGAAAUGGUUGCCAGGAGUAAUCGAAGCAAAAUCAGGACCCCUCUCCUACCACGUACAUGAAGGCGAUCCUGUGCCGACACCACAACCAGAAACACAACCCGAGAAGACCCAAACAAGUGCAUUACGCGAUGAAAUAGUACCACCGCAACAACCGUCCAGACAACCGGAAGUCGUUGAAACUCAUGAUGCGGCGCCGUGCUCACCAGAAGUUGAAGCUAUGCCUGGAGAAUUCAAAACACCAAGACGAGUCAGGCGGAAACCUGCACACCUAGAGGAUUAUGACUGCUCGACCUAA